AUGGGCAGGAAAAAUAAGAAGAAGAAGACUGCCUUCACACCAUUUCAUGUUGACCCCCAAGCCUCUGUAGAUGGCAACAAUGAAGGGGGCGCUGAACAGACUACCGAGGAGAAUCAACCCAAGCCUCCAGAAGAACCACCUUCGCCCGAUAACGAUACCCCGACUCCUUCAGACCAACCGGCGGAGACAAAGGAUGAAGAACCGGCCCCUCAAAGUGAGGAAAAGACUGAGGGUGACGGGAGUGGAGGAGAUGCUCCAGCAAAUGGUGAUUUGACUGAAGUCGCCGGUGCACCAGCAGAGCCUGUAAAGGAGGGAGAUGGCGAAGAUACGCCACCGGACGCGCCAGCAGAGGAGACUGCAACGACAGAGGCUACACCAACAGAAGAAACCCCUUCAGUGGAAGAUGCUUCUCCCAAAGAGGAAACUCCACCAGCAGAUGAUGCCCCUUCAACAGAGGAUGCCCCAUCUACAGAAGACACUCCGCCAGCAGCAGACGCCGCGCCGGCUGAAGAUACUCCAUCGACAGAGGACGCUCCGCCGGUAGAAGAUGCUCCACCCGCAGAAGACGCACCAUCGACAGAGGACGUUCCGCCGGUAGAAGAUGCUGCGCCCACGGAAGAGAAAUGUGCAGAUGCCGGUUCAGGAGAAACCCCCGCCACUGAGCAGGCUCCGGAAGCAGAGGCUGCCCCAGAGAAGGAGCAACCUACAGAAGAAGAACAGCUAGACGACACCAAGGCAGUGGAGGCGCCACCUGCUGAUAAUACAGUAGAGAAUGAUUCAACAGAGGGAGCAUCGACGGACACCCCUCCAGCGGAGGAUGCAGCUCCAGAAGGAGAAGCUGCAAAACCCGAAGCCGAAGAUCAGCCCACCGAGGCCGACAAGCCUGAAGAGACUCCAGCAGCAGAACCACCGACGGAGGCAUCCAUAGAGGCACCUGUAUCUGAUGAGCCGCCUGCUCAAGGAGAGACACCAAAGGCGGAGGCACCAGCAGAGGAACCGGCAGAGGCUGAAACGGCAGUUGAUGCUACAGAGCCCGAACCUACCAAUGAGGAAAGUCCUGCUGAGCCACCGAAAAAUGAACCAACUGGUGGUAAUUCUAAGAAGAGCAAACGAAAGGAGAAAAAGAACGACAAGAAAAGCAAAAAGAAAAAUGGUGGUUCCUCUCCUCCCGUCGAGUCUCAACCAGAAGCCCCGGUAACACCUGAAGAACCUCCGGCUGAAGAAGCCGCCAAAAUAGAUCCCCCCGCAGAAGAGAAAGUAGCUGAAGAGUCACCGAAAGCGACAAGUGACUGGGGGGGCUUUGGUGGUUCGAAAAAGUCGAAAAAGAAUGCCAAAAAAGCUAAGAAAAAAGGUCAGGCCCCGCCAGUUGAAGAACCGCCUGAAGAAGCACCUCCAGAGCUGGCACCCGCAGAAGAACCUGCUGCUUCAGAGCCACCUGCAGUAGAAGAUACUGGGCAAGAAGCAUCGGAAGAUACACCGGUCUCACAAGAACCAGUUGCUGAGGAACAACCCGCUGCGGAAGAGAAGGUUGAAGCUCCUGAACAAGAGGCAUCCUCGCCUGAAGAGACGUCCAAGGAGAUUUCUGCCGAAGACCCAGGGGAAGUUGCCCAGACACCAGAGCCGGUAGAAGAAAUCCCAGCCGAAGAAGCCACUCCUAGAUUAGAAGAGACUGCAGACAACUCCACACCGGAACCGCCUACAGAGGCACCUGUAGAGACCCCAGCAACAGAGACUACCGAGGAAGUCAAAGAAGAUGUUGCGGAGUCCACACUGGAACCUCCUGCAGAGACCCUAGCAGAGGAGACUGUCGAGGAAGCCAAGGAAGAUACCUCUGCGGAUAUCCCUGCCGAUGUCACGGCAGUCACUCCAGCUGAGGAGAUACUCGACGAUUGGGAAAUGGAUGACGAUUACGAUGCAGUCGAAAAACCCUCUGAUGCUCAUGACGGAAAAGCGAACGAGAAUGAUGAUGACAAGUUCUCUGAAAUUGACUUUUCUGCAGAACAAGACAGUAUUGAGGCGGAGAAAGAAGCGGAAGCAAGACAAGCGGCGGAAGAUGCUGAAGAAGAGGCAUCAGCACCGGUUGUACAAGAAGAGGAUCAUAUAGAUGUGCACGAUGACGAGCAGGCGAAUGCUGAAGUGGAAGAGCCUGCUGCACCUGAGGCUGAACCUGAAGCUGAACCUGAAGUUGAACCUGAAGCUGAGCCCGAGGCACCAGAAGCCGUGGCAGAGGUAGAGGAAGCGGUCGAGUCUGUUGAAGAGUCUUCUCCCGCAACAGAAGUGGAUGAACCAGAGGCAGCCGUAGAGUCGUCUACUGAUGCACCAGAGCAUGAGGAGGAAGCCGCUCCCGCUGCAGAAGCUGAGCCUGUCGAGGCCGUGGCAGUAGACGAUCCACCCGCCGAGAAGCCAUCCGUCGAAGAAAGCCCAGCAGCGGCUGAAGUUGUACCCGAAGAACCAGAUGAACCACUUGCUGAAACAGAAGUUGUUACAGAAGUGCCAGCGACUGACGUUCCAGAGGAAACUGUUACUGAAGACGUCAUUCCUGAGGAAGCACCGGUUGAAGAGGUUGUCGAGGAGUCCACACCAGAGCCGGUUCCAGAGGAAACGGUUCUUGCAGACGAAUCUAAGGAUGAGCUUGUUGAGGAACCAGCUCCUGAGGAACCAGCUCCUGAGGAACCAGUUGUUGAGGAAGUGGUUGAUGUGGAUAUGCCUACAGAACAGCUUGUUGAAGAGCCAGCUGUAGAGUCUACACCCGAGGAACCGCCAGCGGAAGAGCCUGUUGUUCAGGAAGCACCCGCUCCUGAGCUAGCGACCGAAGAACCCGCUGCUGAAGAAUCUUCAGCCGCUGAACCGGUAGAAGAGAGUCCACCUCCCCCAGAAGUGCUAUCGGAUGAACCUGCCAAAGAAGUUGUUGCAGGCGAACCGCCAGCUGCCGAAGCGCAACCGGAGGAGGCCCCGGCUGAGGAGCCUCCUGUUGAAGAAGCUCCUGCCGAAGAUCCAGUAGCAGUUCCAGAGGAGGUGGCUGAGCAACCUGCUGAAGCCGAACCCCCUGAAGCUCCUCCUGCCGCCGAAGAGCUACCCGCCGAAACCCCCAGCCAGCUUGUCAGUGACGAGCCAGUCGCGAGGGACAUCCCCGUUGAAGAGGCAGCUCCAGAGCCUGCAGAUCCAGUACCUGAAGCAGAGAUUAUCGACCGGGCACCUCAGGAAGUUGAGACUGUUGAGCGAGUGCCUCAAGAAGUAGUUGAAGCAAACAAUCCUGGCGAAUCGGCUAUUGUUGACGAUGACCAACCCGUAGUUGACCGUGAACCUUCUGCCCGCAGAAGACGACGUCACACUUCUGGAUGGAGUCGUGACAGACCUUCAAAAACCUCCAUGGAAGCUAGCAGAGGUCAAGCGGAGCGUUUCAGAGAAGUAAAAAAUCAACUGGAACGUCCAAAGGGCGACAGUGGUUUACUGAAGAACCGAUGGGCAAUGGCACUCGAGGAAGCUCGCCGACAACAAGAAGCCAAGCAACGAAAGGAGGCAAAACUCAAACUUGAACGAGCACAGGAGAAGCAAAGACAAGAAGAAGCAGCUCGACGUGCCAAACGCGAGGCUGAGAAGGAAAAACUCCGAGAAGCUGAACGCCGCAAGAGCAAGGACAUCAGCAGAAGCAGCGGUCGUACGAGACGGCAAUCAUUUGAUCAUUCUUCGAGUCAAAGCAGACACAAGAGGAGAGAGGCAUCACCGAAGCCAGAGUCUGACCCUCUGGCACGCAAGGCUGUUGCCGCUGUCCCCCCGCCCGAGCCAAAGCAGACGCGGAGAUCACCCACACAUCACUCUGGCCAAAGUCGUCGCUCUCAAGAGGAGAAGAGAUCUAGCGGCUCUAGAGAGGAGGCGAGACGAGAUCGGCCGCAUCGCUCUGAACGCCGACGGGAGGAGCCUGCAGAAGAACGGCGUCGACAUCACGACGAUCGUCGAAAAGAUGAGCGUACAACCGAACAUGCACGAAGUACUCGACGACCGAAGCCAGAACAGAAUUCAAAAUCUGGAUCCGGUUCUGGUUCGGGAUCUCGACUUAGUGGUUUAUUCAAAUCGAUUCGGGUAUUUUAG